AUGCUCCGGUUACCUGCAGUCCUCCGACAGAUGAGGCCAGUGUCCAGGGUACUGGCAUCUCAUCUUACUCGGGCUUAUGCCAAAGAUGUAAAAUUUGGUGCAGAUGCCCGAGCCCUAAUGCUUCAAGGUGUAGACCUUUUAGCCGAUGCUGUAGCCGUUACUAUGGGGCCAAAGGGAAGAACAGUGAUUAUUGAACAGAGUUGGGGAAGCCCCAAGGUAACAAAAGAUGGUGUGACUGUUGCUAAGUCAAUUGACUUAAAGGAUAAAUACAAAAAUAUUGGGGCCAGACUUGUUCAGGAUGUUGCCAACAACACAAAUGAAGAGGCUGGAGAUGGCACCACCACUGCUACUGUAUUGGCACGCUCUAUUGCCAAGGAAGGUUUCGAGAAGAUUAGCAAAGGCGCUAAUCCAGUGGAAAUCAGGAGAGGUGUAAUGUUAGCUGUUGAUGCUGUAAUUGCUGAACUUAAGAAGCAGUCUAAACCUGUGACAACUCCUGAAGAAAUUGCACAGGUUGCUACAAUUUCUGCAAAUGGAGACAAAGAAAUUGGCACCAUCAUUUCUGAUGCCAUGAAAAAGGUUGGAAGAAAAGGUGUCAUCACAGUAAAGGAUGGAAAAACCUUGAACGAUGAGUUAGAAAUUAUUGAAGGCAUGAAGUUUGACCGAGGUUAUAUUUCCCCAUACUUUAUUAAUACAUCAAAACUUGAAAUUGCCAAUGCUCACCGCAAGCCUUUGGUCAUAAUUGCUGAAGAUGUUGAUGGAGAAGCUCUAAGUACUCUCGUUUUGAAUAGGCUAAAAGUUGGUCUUCAAGUUGUAGCAGUCAAAGCUCCUGGUUUUGGUGACAAUAGAAAGAACCAGCUUAAAGACAUGGCUAUUGCUACUGGUGGUGCAGUAUUUGGAGAAGAGGGAUUAACACUGAAUCUUGAAGAUGUUCAGGCUCAUGACUUAGGAAAAGUUGGAGAGGUCAUUGUGACUAAAGAUGAUGCCAUGCUCUUGAAAGGAAAAGGUGACAAGGCUCAAAUUGAAAAACGUAUUCAAGAAAUCGUUGAGCAGUUAGACAUCACAACUAGUGAAUAUGAAAAGGAAAAGCUGAAUGAACGACUGGCAAAACUUUCAGAUGGAGUUGCUGUGCUAAAAGUUGGUGGGACAAGUGAUGUGGAAGUGAAUGAAAAAAAAGACAGAGUUACAGAUGCCCUCAAUGCAACACGAGCUGCUGUUGAAGAGGGCAUUGUUCUCGGGGGUGGUUGUGCUCUACUUCGAUGCAUUCCAGCCUUGGACUCACUAGCUCCAGUAAAUGAAGAUCAGAAAAUUGGCAUAGAAAUUAUUAAAAGAACACUCAAAAUUCCUGCAAUGACUAUUGCUAAGAAUGCAGGUGUUGAAGGAUCCUUGAUAGUUGAGAAAAUUAUGCAAAGUUCCUCAGAAGUUGGUUAUGAUGCUAUGCUUGGAGAUUUUGUCAAUAUGGUAGAAAAAGGAAUCAUUGAUCCAACCAAGGUUGUAAGAACUGCUUUAUUGGAUGCUGCUGGAGUGGCCUCCCUGUUAACCACAGCAGAAGUUGUAGUAACAGAAAUUCCCAAAGAAGAGAAGGACCCUGGCAUGGGCGGAAUGGGUGGAAUGGGAGGUGGUAUGGGAGGUAUGGGAGGUGGCAUGUUCUAG